UUGUGUUUGUUGCUAUGGAAGUAUAAAUACAGAUUCUUGGAAGUAGACGUGUAUAUUUUGUGUAUAAAAUUCGAAAGUUAUCUUCGUAUUUUUUAGUGAAAGAAAAGAAAAAAUUCUUAAAAUGGUUGUUCAUUUGCAAAGUAGGGUAUUUUAUGGUUUAAAAACUGAUAUAAGCUCAAAUGUUCACUACAUUUCGGAUACAGAAAUUCUGUACCCUGUUGGAAAUGUAAUAGCACUUCAUAACGUGCCGCAAUAUCGACAAAGGUUCAUACGUUUACCUGAAAAACAGCAAAUAAAUAUAAUUUCAGUUACGCAUAACAAAAAAUAUGUUGCAAUAUGCGAUAUUGGAGAAAAACCUACUAUUUCUAUUUAUGAUAUUGAUACACUGAAAAGAAGGAAACUUCUUGGAAUACCAUACGAUGCACCUGAUGUAACAAGAUUUACAUGUAUAGGAUUUACUUUUGAUAAUAAGCAUCUAGCUGCAGUUACAGGAGAGCCUGACCAAACAAUGCUUUUUUACAAUUGGGAAAAGGGAAAAGUAGAGUCUAGUAUAAAAGUAGGCACUCCUCAGAAUCCAUUAGCUAUUGUAGAAAUAUUAGCUUGUAAUCCAUCUGAGGCAGGAGUACUUGCACUUGGAGGUCUAUACACGUUUAAAUUCUUGACUCUUUCUGACACUGUAUGGCGGCCGUAUGGAUUUUCUAAAGCAGACAAUAUUCUUACAUGUUCUAUGACUUGGUUGAAUUCGGAUAGAUUAUUGCUUGGAACCAAAGAUGGUAAAAUACUUUACUUAGAGAAUGGUGAUUUAAAAAAUAUCUAUAAAAUGACUGACACGGUAUUCAUGAAUCUGAAAAUUCGCGAAGAAUAUGUUAUACAAGCUAGUAGUUCUAUUGCAACUAUGGAUGCAAAAGAAGACAUCCCAUGGGAAAAUAAUGUUCGUUGUUUAAUUGCAUUUCAAAGAGGUUUUGCAUAUGCAUUUGGCUCAAGAACAAUUAUAGUUUUUGAGAAAGAAGGCCCGCAUAAAUAUACAAAAAGAAAUAUUUAUAUAAUACCAACUCAAAUAUCAAAGCAAGAGAAUGAAGAUUUAUAUCAAGUCAAUAGCAUAAAUGUUAAUUUAAGCUCAGACCGUUUGUUAAUUACAACUGGUUGGCCUCAGUUGUUUUAUGCAAGAUUAUGGGGACCAGACUUAAAUGUAGAUCCAGAACCACAAGAGUUAAAAAUUAUGGGUCAGGCAUGGCAUUUUGGACCCAUAAGUGAUCUUUCUGUAUGUGCUUGGAAAUCCACUUUCAUGACUUGUGGAGAACUUGACCAUAGUGUAAGAUUGUGGGAUUUUGAAUCAGAAAGACUAAUUUUACAUAAACAAUAUACAGAAGAUAUUUGUGGAAUUGCUUUACACCCUACAGGUCUUUUCUGUUUGAUUGGAUUUAGCGAUAAAUUACGUUUCAUGAGCAUACUAAUAGACGAUUUAUUACCUAUGGAGGAAUUUUCUAUAAGAUGUUGUAAGACCGUGAAAUUUAGUCACGGAGGUCAUUUUUUCGCCGCUGUUAAUGGAAAUAUUGUACAAAUUUAUUGUACUAUUGGUUUUACUAGCAGUUUUAUUUUAAAAGGGCAUACUAAUAGAGUGAAGACUUUACUUUGGUCACAAACAGAUACAAAACUACUUACACUAGGUGCAGAAGGUACAAUCUAUCAGUGGGAUAUGACUACUGGUCGUCGUUCUGCCGAAAUAAUUUUAAAAGGGAUUGUUUUACAUGAUAUUGCUCUUUCUGCUGAUGAACAGAUUACCUAUUGCAUUGCUGAUGAUAAUAAUAUAUACGAAAUAAAAGAUAAUACGACGCGACAAUAUAGUUUCCCUGAUGCAAACAUGUAUUCCAUAGUACUAGGGAAAGAAGAUCAAGUUUUAUUUUUUGUUUGCCCCGGUGGUAUUAUUUUAUCAGUAAAAUAUCCAUUUCAAGAACCGAUACACUAUGUAACUUUUCAUAUUCAUUCUGCUGAUAUUACAAAGAUUGCCCUUUCUUAUAACGAACAGUUUUUGAUAUCUACUGGAAUAGAUGGUAGUUUAUGUAUUUGGAAAUUAAUCUAUCCUGAAGGAAAAGGAAAGAUUGGGAAAGAACUCACAUAUACAAAUGAAGUGCUAAUUAAUAAAGAUGACUUGCAAGAGAAAAUACAAACAAUAAUUGAUUUAAAUGUUAGAAUGAGGGAACUUGAAACUGAACACGCGUAUAAAAUUCGUCAAAUAGAAGUAGUACAUAAUGACAAAGUACGAGAUAUACAUCAAGGAUAUUUCGAAGCUAUUGAAGAAUUAAGAGAUAAGAUAAGUAGAUUACAGGAAGACCAUAAGAAUGAACUGAAUACAAUAAACGUCGAAAUACUUAAAAUGAAGGAGAAACACGAAGAGACGAUGAAUCAAAUGGAAACGAAUUAUAAUGCUAAACUGAUUGUAGAAUAUGAUAAAUAUCUAGCGCUUGAAAAUACAAUGAAUAAUGUACGUCAGAAUUAUGAGAAACGAUUGGAAGAAGUAGAGAAGCACGGUAUUGAGGAAUUGCAGAAAGCAAUCACUAAAUACGAAGCACUUCUUCAUGAGAAAAAAUUGCAAUUAGAAGUAAAUCAGGAUGAAAUGACGCAGCAGGCACGAGUACACGAAGAAAUGAUGACGCAAGUUGAAGAUGAUGCUGAUAAAGAGAUUUUGGAACUAAAAACAAAUUAUGAAACACUAUUGCAUAAACAAAAGGAGGCGAAUAUACGGCUGAAAGGGGAAGCUGGAACAUUGCGUAACAGAUAUAUGACUAGUUUGAAAGAUGUUGAAGAUUUGAAAAGACAGCUGCAACGAGUGCAGAGCGAAUACGGUUAUUUCCAAAAGACUAUUCAGGAAUUAGAAAAAGAUAAAGAAGAUCUGAAAAGCGAAAUAAAUGAAAGAGAUAUUACGAUUCAAGAUAGGGAACGUCAGAUAUAUGAAUUAAAACGUACAAAUCAGGAACUGGAGAAGUUUAAAUUCGUUUUGAACUACAAGAUUACAGAGUUGAAAAAUCAAAUAGAACCGCGGGAUCAAGAAAUCAAAGAGCUCAAAGAGAAAAUUCGAGAUAUGGAAACAGAACUUGUAAACUUGCAUAAAACCACUGUUAGUUUAGAAUUACAGCUACAUGAACUGAGAGAGAAAUUGAGAGCUGCAAGACGUGAACUUGAAUAUGAAAUACAUCGGAAUAAAAGAUGUCAACAACUCUUAAAAAGAAUACGAGUAGAUUUGCUUGAUGCUUCGGGGCUUGUACAAGAACCACAGGCGUUAAAAGCUGCUGUGACAAAAUUGUAUCAUAAAUACAGUUCAAGCGAUGAAUUUCUGCGUAGCCGUAAAGCGGAUUUAGACGCGCAAUGCGAAUUUAUAAAACAGAGGGAUCAUUUAGAAAGAACGAUAGCUUCUCUUAAAAGACAAGUUUUCCAGGAUAAGACAGGCAACGGCAAAGAUAUAGAUAAAACGGUAGAGGAAAAUAUUAUUUUAAUAACAGAAUUAAAUGCUUUGAGAGAAGAAUUAAAAGACGCAAGAAAACAUAUACAGCAUAUGGAAAGUCUGUUAGGUUUAGCGGCGAAAGAUAUAAAGCCGUCAGAAGCAAAAAAAAGAAUGGAAGAAGCGUGUUACGGGCAUGAACAAUUGCGAACUGAAUACAGGUCUCAAAUGCAAGAGUGUCAGAAUAUAAUAAUUGCUUUAAAAGAUGAUAUGUAUAAAUUGAUAAGCAAACUACCUUGCGAAGAACCAGAAACUAAAAUUACUUUUUAG